AUGCGGUCCCCACGGACGCGCAGCCGGCCCGGGCGCCCCCUGAGCCUCCUGCUCGCCCUGCUUUGCGCCCUGAGAGCCAAGGUGUGCGGGGCCUCGGGUCAGUUCGAGCUGGAGAUCCUGUCUAUGCAGAACGUGAACGGGGAGCUGCAGAACGGGAACUGUUGCAGCGGCUCCCGGAACCCUGGGGACCGCAAGUGCACCCGUAACGAGUGUGACACCUACUUCAAAGUGUGUCUCAAGGAGUAUCAGUCCCGUGUCACGGCCGGCGGCCCCUGCAGCUUCGGCUCAGGGUCUACGCCUGUCAUCGGGGGCAACACUUUCAACCUCAAGGCCAGCCGUAGUAGCAACGACCGCAAUCGCAUCGUGCUGCCUUUCAGUUUCGCCUGGCCGAGGUCGUACACUUUGCUUGUGGAGGCGUGGGAUUCCAGCAAUGACACUGUUCAACCUGAUAGCAUUAUUGAAAAGGCUUCUCACUCAGGCAUGAUAAACCCCAGCCGGCAGUGGCAGACGUUGAAGCAGAACACAGGGGUCGCCCACUUUGAGUACCAGAUCCGAGUGACCUGUGACGACUACUACUAUGGCUUUGGCUGCAAUAAGUUCUGUCGGCCUAGAGAUGACUUCUUUGGACACUAUGCCUGUGACCAAAAUGGCAACAAAACUUGCAUGGAAGGAUGGAUGGGCCCUGAGUGUAACAGAGCCAUUUGCCGACAGGGCUGUAGUCUCAAGCAUGGGUCUUGCAAACUCCCUGGUGACUGCAGGUGCCAGUAUGGCUGGCAGGGCCUCUACUGCGAUAAAUGCAUCCCGCACCCGGGAUGUGUCCAUGGAACUUGCAAUGAGCCCUGGCAGUGCCUCUGUGAGACCAACUGGGGUGGACAGCUCUGUGACAAAGAUCUCAAUUACUGUGGGACUCAUCAGCCUUGCCUCAAUGGGGGAACUUGUAGCAACACAGGUCCUGACAAGUACCAGUGCUCCUGCCCUGAGGGCUAUUCUGGACCCAACUGUGAAAUUGCUGAGCAUGCCUGCCUCUCUGAUCCCUGUCACAACAGAGGCAGCUGCAAAGAGACCUCCCUGGGCUUUGAGUGUGAGUGCUCUCCAGGCUGGGCAGGGCCCACGUGUUCCACAAACAUUGAUGACUGUUCUCCAAAUAACUGUUCCCACGGGGGCACCUGCUUGGACCUGGUGAAUGGAUUUAAGUGUGUGUGCCCUCCCCAGUGGACUGGCAAAACAUGCCAGUUAGAUGCAAAUGAAUGCGAGGCCAAACCUUGUGUAAAUGCCAAAUCCUGCAAGAAUCUGAUUGCCAGCUACUACUGUGAUUGUCUUCCUGGCUGGAUGGGUCAGAACUGUGACAUAAACAUCAAUGACUGCCUUGGCCAGUGUCAGAAUGAUGCCUCAUGUCGGGAUUUGGUUAAUGGUUAUCGCUGUAUCUGUCCACCUGGCUAUGCAGGUGAUCACUGUGAGAAAGACAUCGAUGAAUGUGCCAGCAACCCCUGUUUGAAUGGGGGUCACUGUCAGAAUGAAAUCAACAGAUUCCAGUGUCUGUGUCCCACUGGUUUCUCUGGAAGCCUCUGUCAGCUGGACAUAGAUUAUUGUGAGCCCAAUCCCUGCCAGAAUGGUGCCCAAUGCUACAAUCGUGCCAGCGACUAUUUCUGCAAAUGUCCUGAGGACUAUGAAGGCAAGAACUGCUCACACUUAAAAGACCACUGUCGCACGACACCCUGUGAAGUGAUUGACAGCUGCACUGUGGCCAUGGCUUCCAACGAUACGCCUGAAGGGGUGCGGUAUAUCUCCUCUAACGUCUGUGGUCCCCACGGGAAGUGCAAGAGCCAGUCAGGAGGCAAAUUCACCUGUGACUGUAACAAAGGCUUCACCGGCACCUACUGCCAUGAAAAUAUUAAUGACUGCGAGAGCAACCCUUGUAGAAAUGGUGGCACUUGCAUAGAUGGCAUCAACUCUUACAAGUGUAUCUGUAGUGACGGCUGGGAGGGGCCCUACUGUGAAACUAACAUUAAUGACUGCAGCCAGAACCCCUGCCACAAUGGGGGUACAUGUCGAGACCUGGUCAAUGACUUCUAUUGUAACUGCAAAAAUGGCUGGAAAGGGAAGACCUGCCGUUCACGUGACAGCCAGUGUGAUGAGGCCACGUGCAACAAUGGUGGCACCUGCUAUGACGAAGGUGAUGCAUUCAAGUGCAUGUGUCCUGGUGGCUGGGAAGGAACAACCUGUAAUAUAGCCAGAAACAGUAGCUGCCUGCCCAACCCCUGCCACAAUGGGGGCACCUGUGUGGUCAACGGCGAGUCCUUCACAUGUGUCUGCAAGGAAGGCUGGGAAGGGCCCAUCUGCACUCAGAAUACCAAUGACUGCAGCCCUCAUCCUUGUUACAACAGCGGCACCUGCGUGGAUGGAGACAACUGGUACCGGUGUGAAUGUGCCCCUGGUUUUGCUGGACCUGACUGCAGAAUAAAUAUCAAUGAAUGCCAGUCUUCACCUUGCGCUUUUGGGGCUACCUGUGUGGAUGAGAUCAACGGUUACCAGUGUGUUUGCCCCCUAGGGCAGAGUGGUACCAAGUGCCAUGAAGUUUCAGGAAAACCUUGCAUCACCAUGGGGAGGGUGCUACCUGAUGGAGCUAAGUGGGAUGAGGAUUGUAACACUUGCCAGUGCCUGAAUGGACGGAUUGCCUGCUCCAAGGUUUGGUGUGGCCCAAGACCUUGUCUUCUCCACAAAGGACACAGUGAGUGCCCCAGCGGACAGAGCUGCAUUCCCAUCCUAGAUGACCAGUGUUUUGUCCGCCCCUGCACCGGUGUUGGCGAGUGUAGGUCUUCCAGCCUACAGCCUGUGAAAACAAAGUGUACCUCUGACUCCUAUUACCAGGAUAAUUGUGCAAACAUCACUUUCACCUUCAAUAAAGAGAUGAUGUCGCCAGGCCUUACCACUGAGCACAUUUGCAGUGAAUUGAGAAAUUUGAAUAUUUUGAAGAAUGUCUCUGCUGAAUAUUCCAUCUACAUAGCUUGUGAGCCUUCCCUGAUGGCAAACAAUGAAAUACAUGUAGCCAUUUCUGCUGAAGACAUCCGAGAUGAUGGAAACCCCAUCAAGGAAAUCACAGACAAAAUAAUAGAUCUUGUUAGCAAACGUGAUGGGAACAGUUCUCUAAUUGCUGCUGUGGCAGAAGUAAGAGUCCAGAGGCGACCUUUGAAGACCAGAACAGAUUUCCUGGUUCCUCUGCUGAGCUCAGUCUUGACGGUGGCUUGGAUCUGUUGCUUGGUGACGGCCUUCUACUGGUGCGUGCGGAAGCGGCGGAAGCCAGGCAGCCACACUCACUCAGCCUCUGAGGAUAACACCACCAACAAUGUGCGGGAACAGCUGAACCAGAUCAAAAACCCCAUUGAGAAGCAUGGAGCCAACGCUGUCCCCAUCAAGGACUACGAGAACAAAAACUCCAAAAUGUCUAAAAUAAGGACACACAACUCUGAAGUGGAGGAGGACGACAUGGAUAAGCAUCAGCAGAAAGCCCGCUUUGCCAAACAGCCGGCAUACACGCUGGUAGACAGAGAGGAGAAGCCCCCCAAUGGCACACCCAACAAACACCCCAACUGGACAAACAAACAAGACAACAGAGACUUAGAAAGUGCUCAGAGCUUGAACCGGAUGGAGUAUAUCGUAUAGCAGACAGCGGGCACUGCUGCCCUAGGUAGUCUGAAGGGCACGUGGGGCUGGUAGUUCUUUACAGCUGUUGUCAUCUUCUGGUCCAAACUGUGUUAAUUUAAGUUCGACAAGCUGGCUGACACUGGCAAUGGUAGUUUCUGUGGUUGGCUGAGAAAUCAAGCGCUGAGUCUCACAGCUAUGCAAAAAGUCAUGAAUGUGCCCUGGGUACGUUCCCCUGCAGCCGCCACAUCGCCCAUCGGGCUCCCAGGACCCUGCCCAGCCUCUAGGCUUUGAGCUUCCUCUUCUGCCAGAGGUCCUAAUGGUGAUGCAGUCUUAGGAUCAUAGUUUUAUUUAUAUUUAUUGACUCUUGAGUUGUUUUUGUAUAUUGGUUUUAUGAUGACAUACAAGUAGUUCUGUAUUUGAAAGUGCCUUUACAGCUCAGAACCACAGCAACUAUCACAAAUGAGUUUAUUAUUUAUUUUUUUUAUUGUAUUUUUGUUGUUGGGGGAGGGGGGGCUUUGAUGUCAGCUGUUGCUGGUAAAAUGAAGAAUUUAAAGAGGAAAAAUGUGUCAAAAGUAGAAUUUUUGUAUAGUUAUGUAAAUAAUUCUUUUUUUAUUAAUCACUGUGUAUAUUUGAUUUAUUAACUUAAUAAUCAAGAGCCUUAAGACAUCAUUCCUUUUAUUUAUAUGUAUGUGUUUAGAAUUGAAGGUUUUGAUAGCAUUGUAAGUAUAUGGCUUUUUUUUUUUUUUUUGAACUUAUUUUCUCAUUACCUGUUGCCUAUAAGCCAAAAUUAAGGUGUUUGAAACUAGUUUAUCUUAAAACAAUAGGAUGGGCUCUUGUGCCUGGGCAUACUGAUGGAACUUUUUUUGUACGAUGUCAGAUGUUAAAACACCUUCUAUAUAGCAUCACUUUAAGACAAGUUUUAAGGACUGACUGAGGCAGUUUGAGAAUUAGCCUAGAACAGGUUUUUUUGUUUGUUUGUUUGUUUGGUUUUGUUUUGUUUUUCUCCUCUCCUCUCUACUUUAGACUUGAAAAGCCAGACAGGCAGGUGAUCUGCUACAACAGAGCAGUUUAAGGGAACAAACUGAGCUAUGACUUAAUGUAGCCAAAAUGUGAGUGAUUGAAUAUCAUUAAAAAUAUCAAGUUGAUUGUGUGAAGUUGGAAGCACGUCAAUCUUAUUUUGUAAAUUCUGAGUUCUUUCUACCAUUCGUAUGUAAAACUGAACCACAUGUAGGUUUGAGUUUUGUUGUCGUCUACUGCAUUUAGGGAGUAUUCUAAUAAGCUAGUUGGAUACUUGAACCAUAAAAUGUCCAGUAAGAUCACUGUUGAGAUUUUCCAUAGCGUACACUGCCUGCCUUAAGUGAGGAAAUCAAAGUGCUAUUACUAAGUUCAAGUUCACAAAGGCUUAUACAACAGAGUCAUCUUGUUGGUUCACCCUGAGACCAUGAGGAUACUUUGUAUUGUCCUGUUAGUGUUAUGACCAUAAAGAUGCAUCUUUGAUGUGGUGUUCCUGGCAAUAAAUUUCGAAAAGUAAUAUUUAUUAAAUUUUUUUGUAUGAAAACAUGGAACAGUGUGGCCUCUUCUGAGCUUAUGUAGUUGUGCUGGUUUUUGGUGGAAACCUUUGGUACCCCACUGACCUACCUGUGUUGGUCAUCCUGUCUGGGCUGCAGCCCAGACAGGGACAGGAAGAAGUGCUCCACAGGACAGGGUCUUUGAUAGAAAAAAAAAAAUGCAUCUGAAGCUCUCACCAAACCUUGGGGACCCCUACUGUGAAAGAACACAACCAUGGCAGCCCCAUUCCCUUGUUAUUCAACAGCAAGUGUGAAUACUGCUUGAAUAAACAUCACUGGAUUAUG